AUGUCUUCAGACGAGAAGCCCAAGGACUUGGACAACAACGCCACCAAUGAAGAGCACUCAGACCAAGAAGAACAGCACUCUGGCGCCGAAAAUGAAAACGAAGACCAGCAGCAAAACAACGACCAGAACGGCGAUCUGAGCGAAGACAAGUCAGACGACCAAGACCAGGACGACAAUGAGCCCGCAACACCACCCCCACAGCCAGAGCGCAAGCGCGAGAAGCCGCAGGGCGAGACCCAGACCAAGACCAAGUCUCGCCGAAGGAGAAGGCCCUUACAGCGCCAGGUCGAGGACCUGGACGACGAAGAGGACCAGGGCCAGAUGAUUCCCCGCCAGGACCAGCAGAAGCAGCAGAUGAUGUACCAGCAACAGCAACAACAGAUGCAGCAGCAGCAGAUGCAGAUGCAGCAGCCCCAGAAGGAUGGCGGCAAGAAGGAUCCUCUUAAGCUGCGACUCGACCUGAAUCUGGAUAUUCAGAUUGAGCUCAAGGCGAAGAUCCACGGAGACUUGACACUGGCUUUGCUGUAG